AAGUUAUUUAUAAAACAGAAGUGUCCACAUAUAAAUUGCUAUAUUUCAUACGAUAAAAAUUUAUUGAAAGAUGAUCAUAGGAAUUUCGAUGCAGUGGUUUUCAAAGUGAGAGACAUAAUGAAAUUAAUGGAAAAAAAUAUUAAGAUAACGCGUUCGCCAAAUCAAAUUUACGUAUUCAACUCCCUUGAACCAUCAGACAUGCACCCUGUAUGCAAUCCAAUUUUUGAUAACUUUUUCAAUUGGACUUGGACUUACAAGCUAAAUUCCGAGAUAUCACAUCCUUUUUUUAAUAUCUACGACAUCAAUAAUGAAAUAGUUGGACCUAAGUUGUUUAUAAACUGGACGAGACAAAUGGACCAUACCGAUAAAUAUAAAAGUAGAAUGCGGAAGAAGACCAAAGCAGUGGCUUGGAUCGUCACUGAAUGUAAACUAAAAGUUAAACACCAAGAAUUUAUUAAUGAAUUUAAAAACGAACUCAAAGGGUACAAUUAUACGUUAGAUAUAUACGGGCCUUGUGGUGAUAAAAAGUGUCCUAAGAGAAGUACAAAGAAUUGUUAUGAUAUUAUAGAACAACAUUAUUUCUUUCAAAUGGUUCUAGAAGAAACAUUCGCUGAGGAUUAUAUAACAGAAAGAAUGGUUAGAGCAAUGACACAUAUUUCUAUACCUAUCGUCUUAGGAGGAUCGCAUUAUAACAGAUUUUUACCACCAGGCUCCUAUAUCAAUGCCCAAUCUUUUGAUAUCAAGAAGUUGGGUGCCAUUAUCGAUUACCUAAUAAAGAAUCCUACAACAUACGAAUAUUUCUUCGAUUGGAAAAAUCAUUACUACUACAUGGCAAGACCUAGAUCUCACAUGUGUGAUUUAUGUACUAAAUUAAAUGUAAAUAAUAUCUCUUUAAAUAAGCACUAUUCAAAGUUUAGAAAUUGGUGGGACCCAGAUUAUAAGGAACAUUGUCAAAGUGUUCAGUUUAUUAAUAAAGGAUUUUAA